AAGAGUUACAUAACAUUUAUUGAUGACGUAAUAUAUACUAGGCCCGCGAGCGUUCAUUGCCAUAACUAAUCAGUACAGAACGUGCCUGUUGUUGUGUGUAUUUGUCGGUCUAAAAUAAAAAUAAUUUCGAUUUAUCUAUAUAAGGAUUUUUUUUAACAGGAGUGCAAUUCAAUUUAGACGCACGAUGAAUAGAAACGUGCUAUCUGCGCAUAUUCCAAUAUCACAACAGCGCCGUGCAAAACAACUUGUACCCGAUACUCAGAAAGACAACAGCUACUGGCAGAAGAGGCAGCGCAACAACUUGGCCGCCAAGAAGUCUCGCGAGAAUAAACGUCAGUACGAAUGUAUGGUUAGAGCUAGAGUUGUUGCCCUUGAGGAAGAAAAUUGCCUUUUGAAAAGGGAACUGGAUCUGUUGAAGGAAAGAUUCAACAUACCAAAAAAUGCAAGCAUUCUUAGUUCAUCUGACCGCGAAGAAUGCCUUCACCAAUGCAAACGAACGCUCAGUUUUCUUGAAAGUUCAAACAAUCAACGGGAUACCUCAAAUUUUGAUACCUCGGACUAUAGCGACUGUUCCAGUAACUCGAUGAACGAUAACUCACGCGCUGAAAGUCUAGCGGAAUCCGCCUAUACACCUAUGGAAGACGCAAUUGUAUGGGCAGUAACUCCUGCUCAUUCACAAAGCCUCGAGCGUUAUGCGGAAAGCUCUAGGAUUUACCGAAAUGAACUGAAUGACAAAGAAAGCGGUGAUAAGAAUGGAUCCUUCUACGGGAAUAAAAGAAAAAGGACUAUGUUUAAUGAUAAUACGAUACCGGCAAACUUAUCUAUGAAAAGAAAUUACUCCACAGAAAGUAGUGCUUUGAAAUAUGAAGCAGACGACAAAAAAAUUAUCGACAGACGAAACAAUAAUUUGUCAACGGAGGGUCAAAUGUCAAGUUAUGGAAAAUCUGAUAUUUCUAAUGACCCACUAGAUUUGACACACGAUAAAUGUGGAAAUGAACUUAAUAAUUCUGACAUAAAAUGCAAACUCCAAAUUUUAUCAGACCAAGUUGAAAGAAUGCAAAAGCUGGUAUGUAACUCUUAGUGUUUAAUUUUCUCGAAAUAUAAAAGACUCAACUAUUCCAUACUGUUGAGACAACAACCCUGAUACCUCAUCGAACAUGAUAUUUGUAUAAGGAUUUAUCUGAAAAUGACUGGAUAGAAUAAAUGUUGAAUUAGAAAAAAGUGCUACCAGUCCCCCAAGAGAGGGACACGAUUCUCUGAAGACAGUAAGAUUUCUAAAGAAAAAGCACCCGCAUCGUUUCAAUAAUUGAUGGUCUAUGAUUUUUACCUCUUUAUUAUAGCUCACGGACAUUGCGAAAAACUAUGUUUAGAUAGAUGAAUCUAAAAAUCUUUCAAGUAUCUGGCAUAAAAAAUGAUAAAAGUGUCAUCUAAGAUAAGAUGACGUUAACGAUAUGAAAUAAUAUCCGAGCGUCAUAAGUAAAUUUGAAGUCAAUAAUCCAAAAUUAUAAGAGUAGACGGACAUUUUGUUGUCUUGAAUAUUUCAAGUUUAUAUUGUCAAGUUUUCAGCUUUGCUGAAAUCCUCAGUUACGAGGGGUAGAACCUUCAGUUUAAGGUUAAUUUGAGCCGUGUCACUACAACACCAACAUAAUGGAUUUGCGACCAGCAUGGAUCCAGACCAGCUUGCGCAUCCGCGCAGUCUGAUCAGGAUCCAUGCUGUUCGCUUACAGACCCUAUAACAAGUAAAGAAACUGUUAGCGAACAGCAUGGAUCCUGAUCAGACUGCGCGGAUGCGCAGGCUGGUCUGGAUCCAUGCUGGUCGCAAACCCACUAUGUUGGUUUUGUCGUGACACGGCUCAUUUAUUAUUGUAAUACAAUGCAUUUUUCUUGCAAAAGUUUCAUUAUUUAAGUUAGGGAUUUAUUUGUUGAUGUGUUACGUAUAUUUGUUGUUGAUGUAUAUAUUUACGAGGGAAAUUAGUUUCAAAAGUAAAAUAAAACAUAAAUAGCAUUGUAAAAGAGUAAAAAAGGUUGUAUGUAUGAUCUACGCACUAAAAUUUGAAGUACUUGUAUUUGUUUAUUAGUGUCAGAAUUAAAGGUGCAUUCCUACAGAUUCUUGUUUUUUUAUGAAAUUGUAAAAGUAACAUAAGUUUGAGUUUGAUAAGUUUAUUUUAAUAUUCCAUUGGACCAAAUUUAACAUAUUGUAAAGUGAACUAAGAUUCCACAUGGCGCACGUUACAAAAAAUAAGAUCUUAAAAUAGGCAAAAAGAAUAGCCCUUACUGCGAAAGCAUGCGGCUUUAAUGAAAUUAAUGGGUGCUAUGAAGAGCAGCAGCGCGACAGAUUAAAUGGAAUAAAUGCUAUAUAUAUAUAUAUAUCACCCACUUACGACGAUCGAACAUUUUAGGAAUUUUAACAAUAUUUAAUUUAUUUUAGAAUUCUUGUAAUUGGUUUAGGAAUAAGCAAGGAGAAUAUUUAACGUUAGGAUAAAUCCACUUAGUUUCUAGUCUACUGAACAUGCAGAAGGUUAAACUUCAGUCAUUGCUUUUUUAACAAUUCAAUCUAAAACAGUACAUUUCAUAGAAAUAUUUUUAUUGUAUAUGUAUUAUUUUACAACGAUGCUUACUUGAACGAUUUUAGAUUUGUUGAUGUUGUUUGCAUUUCAGGGAUUCUUAAGUGUCCGUUCAUUUUGUGUUGUAUUUUAUUUUAAGUAUGAACGCCAAGUCUUGAAUCAUCAAUACUUAGAUUUUGUUAUUGUUGAAAACAUUGAAAAAAAUGGAGAUAUUUUGUUAUUGUUGAAAACAUUGAAAAAAUGGAGAUACAGAAAUCCUUUUUUUUGUAUUAUUUGUAACAAUUUUUUAUCAUCAAAACUCGGGUACUCAGAUAGUUGUGAUUUAUUUGUUAGCGUUAAUUUGUUUGAAAAUCAAUAAAGGCACAC